CUUUGCCGCUUAACUCGACUCAUUAUCAUCAUCUUCAAACAAAUAAAACCCUAAAAAGCUUUCAAAUUUACUUUUUUUAUUCAAAACCCACAUCAUAAAUUAAUCCAAAACUAAAUUUUAUUAACACCCAUUAAAAAAAAAAAAUCAAAUUUAAGCAUAAAAAAGUUUAAAAAAAUAUAAAUAAUGGAGGGAAAGGGGAAUGUGAGGUUUACAUUAGGCAGGCAGUCAUCAAAGGCACCCGAAUCGGGUUCGGGCUCGGAAUCGGAUGAUGGGAUGGAGGAAAUUGAUCCAAGGGUUAGAUUGAUGUUUUACUGCAGUGAAAAUGAUUUGGAAGGGAUAAAAAAGUUGUUGGAAGUAAAAACAGAUGUGAAUUUUAAAGAUAUUGAUAAUAGAACAGCUUUACAUGUUGCUGCUUGUCAUGGUUUUAGAGAUGUAGCUGAAUUGUUGUUAAAUGCUGGUGCUGAGAUUGAUCAUCCGGAUAAGUGGGGCAGCACGCCCCUUGCAGACGCAAUCCAUUAUAAAAAUCAUGAUGUGGUCAAACUUUUGGAGAAACAUGGUGCCAAACAUUUGACAGCUCCCAUGCAUGUCAAAAAUGCCCGUGAAAUUCCAGAAUAUGAAAUAGAUCCCAAGGAACUUGAUUUCACAAACAGCGUUGACAUCACUAACGGAACCUUCACCAUGGCUUCAUGGCGUGGAACACAAGUUGCUGUUAAAAAGCUUGGGGACGAACUUUUUGUUGACGAGGACAAAGUGACGGCUUUUAGGGAUGAACUUGAAUUACUUCAAAAAAUACGACACCCAAAUGUGGUUCAGUUUCUUGGUGCUGUAACUCAAAGUAGUCCAAUGAUGAUUGUGGUAGAAUAUUUACCUAAGGGCGAUCUUAGGGCGUAUUUGAAAAGAAAAGGAGCACUAAAGCCAUUAACUGCUUUGAAAUAUGCCAUGGAUAUUGCCAGAGGGAUGAGUUAUUUGCAUGAGAAUAAGCCAGAACCAAUCAUUCACAGAGAUCUUGAACCUUCAAAUAUUUUGCGCGAUGAUUCUGGGCAUCUGAAAGUUGCAGACUUUGGAGUCAGUGAGCUGCUAAAAGGGGCAAAUGCAGCAAAACAUAAAAAGCUGAUGACCUUUCAAGAUACUACUUCAGGCCGCUAUGUUGCUCCAGAGGUGUUCAGGAAUGAAGAUUAUGAUACGAAAGUCGAUGUUUUCUCAUUUGCUUUAAUUUUGCAAGAGAUGAUUGAAGGCUGCCAACCUUUUGUUAAAGCUAACGGAGGUGAUGUCCCUAAAAUGUACGCUACAAAAGAACGUCCUCCGUUUAAUGCUCCAUCGAAAAGUUACCCUCAUGGUCUUAGAGGGUUGAUUGAAGAGUGCUGGCACGAAAAUCCAGCCAAGAGACCACCAUUCAGACAGAUAAUCGUUCGUUUGGAAUCAAUCUACAAUGCUGUAAACCAUCAAAAGCGUUGGAAGGUCCAGCCAUUCAGAUGUUUUGGACUGAUUCAGAUGUGCAAGGCAGAGGAUUCAGAUAGAAGUAGCCACAACCAUUCAUCUCGUAUCUAGACGAUCUGGCUUUAGCCUUUAGAAAAUGUCUAUAUCAUUCUUUACAUUGCUUAGGAUUUUGGUGUUUGGUAGCUAUGUUCCAUAUAUUGCUUAAAGAAAUAGCACACCAUGCAUUUAAGUUUGAUUUAUUAAAAUUUAUUCCGAAUAAGAUGUUACCCAUAUUUUUCAUUUUUCAUUGUUAUUUUAUUUUCUAGUUGCGAAGUCACAUUGACUAAACACUUUGCUUGAAGAUAAGCAUUAACUUGUUGUAACUGAUUGAAAUUGUGUAAUGUAUGUUAUAAGUAUUCUUAUAGCUAUAAUUAUUGCUUGGGACUA